AUGAGUGAAACCAAAGUUCAGAACCUUCUUCUUGAGAAAAAGAAAAGCAAAAGAAACCUAAUCGAAAUCUUUAUGGGAUCGAUCGUGAAGCCAAUGUUUGGUGACAACUUAGCAACAAUUGGAACAAACAUUGGUGGUCUACUCUUCCUCAUAGAAACCCUAAGAAGAUACUUCCCUAGACAGCUCACGAUCACGAUCCAAGAAAUCCUCGUCAGCAUAUUCCAACGUUUACCCUUUUUCAAGAAAUGUUCUGAGAAGACUCUUGCGUUCUUUUCACCUUACGCUCAGAUAAGGUUCAGCGAAAUCGAGGAGUAUAGAUACAACUAUGCUUACUCUGCCAUCAAGACCUACCUUGGCGCACAAGUUAACUCUCAAGUGAAGAAUCUCAAGGCUAGCCAGAUGAAGGGGAGAAAGUCUUUGGAUGUCAAACGUGACGAUGAUAAAGUUGAGGAUGAGUACGAAGGUGUGAAGAUAUGGUGGGAGGUUCUAAAACUCGGGAGUGAUGUAAACGUGUGUAAGCUUACUUUCCAUAGAAGUAACUGGGAGAUUGUGACUGGUUCCUAUUUGAAAUACGUUGUGGAAGAAGGUAAGUCCAUUGAAGAAAGGAAGAAGAGGAUUAAGCUUCAUAUGAACAAUCCAAGCGCUAACUGGGAGAUGCUUACGAUAAAUCUAUGGAGUAACAUUGAUUUUGAGCAUCCAGCAACUUUUGAAACAAUGGCUAUGGAUCCUAAGAAGAAAGAAGAGAUUAUAAAUGACCUUUUGGCGUUUAGAGACGGUGAAGAGUAUUAUAAGAAGAUUGGGAAAGCUUGGAAGAGGGGUUACUUGCUGCAUGGUCCUCCGGGGACAGGUAAGUCCACUAUGAUCGCAGCUAUGGCGAAUCUAAUGAGUUAUAGUAUCUUUGAUCUCGAGCUAACGUCGAUAGGGAACAACUGGGAACUCAAGAGGCUGUUGCUAGGUACGAGUAGUAAGUCAAUCAUUGUGAUUGAGGAUAUAGACUGUUCCUUGGACCUCACGGGAGAGAGGGGAGUUAAAGAUGAGAGCAGUGCAGAGAAAAAGAAAGAGAAGAAGAAGAAUGCAGUUACACUCUCAGGCUUAUUGAAUUUUAUAGAUGGGCUUUGGUCGGCUUGUGGACAAGAGAGGAUACUUGUGUUUACAACGAACCAUUUGGGGAAACUUGACCAAGCUUUGAUCAGAAGAGGUCGGAUGGAUAUGCAUAUAGAGUUGUCUUAUUGCAGAUUUGAAGCGUUCAAGAUUCUUGCCAAGAACUAUCUGAAUCUUGAUUCACAUAUCUUGUUUGGUAAGAUUGAGUGUUUGCUGGAAGAAAUGAAUAUGACACCGGCGGAUGUUGCGGAGAAUUUGAUGGUGAAAGAUGGUGAAUCUGAUGUUGAUGGAACACUCAAGGGUUUGAUCCGAGCUUUGGAACAGAUGAAGUUGAACCAGAACUCAAAUGAACAACAGAAGGAUGUUAACCAAGUUUAG